AUGUUGAUUAAGAGAGAGAGCGGCGUUGCAACAGUGAUAAGAGAAGCAGAGAAAGAACUAGACAUGAAUAAAUUAAUCAGCAGAAGAGAUAACAUCUCACUGCAGAGUACAGUGACUAUCACUGCAGCUGUAAGAGAAGCAGAAGAAGAAGAAGAAGAUAUGACAAUGAGAGCAGUGCUUCUGCAGCUCAGUGACACUGUUAUCUUCAUCUUCAACCUGGCUUUCUUAACAGUCAUGAAGGCUGCAGCCACAUCAUGA